CUCAGGCCUGAGAGCUGACCAUGCCACGGAACCAACUACAUAAUGGGCUGAAUGCUGGACUCUUCGGGCUGCUGCUGCUUCUUAUCCAUGUGCAGGGUCAGGACUCACCAGAGGCCAACCCCAUCAGAAACACAUAUACAGGACAGGUCCAAGGCAGCCUUAUCCAUGUGAAGGACACUAAAGCUGGUGUCCAUACCUUCCUGGGAAUCCCCUUUGCCAAGCCUCCUGUAGGACCACUGCGCUUUGAACCUCCUGAGGUCCCUGAACCAUGGAGUGGUGUGAGAGAUGGGACCUCACAGCCGGCCAUGUGUCUGCAAAAUCUUGACAUGCUGAAUGAAGCAGGCCUGCCAGAUCUGAAAAUGAUCCUGUCUUCCUUCUCUAUGUCUGAGGACUGCCUGUAUCUGAACAUCUACACGCCAGCCCACGCCCAUGAGGGCUCUAACCUGCCUACGGUGGCCAAGCGCUCUGGAUGUGAGGCCACGGAUUCACAGGCCCUGGUGCGCUGUCUGAGAGGCAAGAGUGAAGCAGAGAUUCUGGCUGUUAACAAGGUCUUCAAGAUGAUCCCUGCUGUGGUGGAUGGGGAGUUCUUCCCCAGGCAUCCCAAAGAGUUGUUGGCAUCUGAGGAUUUUCACCCUGUCCCCAGUAUCAUUGGUGUCAACACUGAUGAGUUUGGUUGGACCAUUCCUAUGGUCAUGGGCUCUGCUCAGAUGAUAAAGCAAAUAACCAGAGAGAAUCUGCAGGCUGUUCUGAAGGAUACAGCAGUACAAAUGAUGCUGCCUCCUGAGUGUGGUGACCUGCUAAUGGAAGAAUACAUGGGGGACACUGAGGAUGCCCAGACCCUCCAAAUACAGUUCACAGAGAUGAUGGGAGAUUUCAUGUUUGUGAUCCCUGCACUCCAAGUAGCACAUUUUCAGCGCUCCCAUGCCCCUGUCUAUUUCUAUUAGUUCCAACAUCCACCCAGCUACUUCAAGGAUGUCAGACCAUCCCAUGUGAAGGCCGACCAUGCUGAUGAGGUUCCUUUUGUCUUUGGGUCCUUCUUCUUGGGCAUGAAACUUGACUUCACUGAGGAGGAGAAGCUGCUGAGCAGGCGAAUGAUGAAGUACUGGGCCAACUUUGCACGACAUGGGAACCCCAACAGCGAGGGUCUACCCUACUGGCCUGUGUUGGACCAUGAUGAGCAGUACCUGCAGCUGAACACCCAGCCUGCUGUGGGUCGAGCCCUGAAGGCCAGAAGGCUGCAGUUCUGGACCAAGACUCUGCCCCAGAAGAUCCAGGAGCUAAAGGCUUCUCAGGACAAGCACACGGAGCUUUAG